GCUUUACCAACAUGGCGGCGCCCAUGAACACUACCGGUUUGUGAACCUGAAAGUAAACAAGAACGUUAACUUGAUUGUCCAGUCAGCGAGAUGGACGAGGAAGCCUUAGAGCAGUCGCUGGAAUUGUAUCGGACUCAGUUUGCACAGGUGAACCAGGUGGUUCUAGCUGGCGGUGGAACGGAUGACCUGAUCAAACUGAAGGAAGAUCUCACUGAGCUUAUCAACCUCACACAAGACAGUUUACUCUCUUUGAAGAAAAGUAAGUUGCUUGCAUCUCUAGAAACAUCUGCAACUACAGCACCAGCAACAUCAGCAUCAUCAGCUGCAGAUACAAUAGAUGAUGAAUAUUCUGCAUUUCAGGCAGCUCUUGGAGGGGAUGUAUUUGAUGGUCCUCCAGGUGGCACUUCCAGGGGAUCACCAUCAGCGACAGGCAGCCAAUCAGAACUACAGGAUGAAGAGUCUGACCAAUCAGAUGACGAGAAAGUGGCAAAUGCUUCAGUUGCAGAGUCUUUCUCCGAACUUGUUGGCAUGAAAUGUCGAGCCCCAUUCUCCCAUGACUGGGGUGGCCUUUCUUACCACAAUGCACUGGUGUUUCAAGUGGAGCCCGGCAGAACAGAUGAAGAAAUACCCCAGGUGAGUGUGAUGUUCUGUAACCCCACCCAUAUGUCUAUGGUGCCAUGCAGAUUCUUCCUUGACGGUCGAUGUCGGUUUUCAGAGGAAAAGUGCAAAUACUCUCAUGGACACCUGGUCUGCAUAGAAGACCUCCAGGAAUAUCAGGAUCCUGAUUACAGCCAUGUGCAGGUUGGAGGGAAGUGCUUUGCCCGCUACUCCGAUGAUGUCUGGCAUCCGGCGUCCAUUGAAGAUGUAGCAGACGGUCAGGUGACUGUGACCUUCACCUCUCAUGGGAAUUCGGAGACUGUGGAGCUCCAGGACAUCCUUCCACUGGAGCAACAUGGCUACGACAGUUGUCCGUCCGAUGGAGAACAGGAGGAGCCUUCAACAUCAUCUCAGCCAAUUAGAAGAGAGGAUUCAGAUUCGGAGGAUGAACUGCCUGUGUUUCUAUGGAAACCACCAAAGACAACAGCAGCUUUAGGAGAAUGGGAACAGUACACAAAGGGCAUUGGUUCCAAACUGAUGGCAAAGAUGGGCUACAUUACAGGUCAAGGUCUGGGGGUCAGAGGUGAAGGUCGAGCUGACCCGGUCCCUAUACAGCUUCUGCCACAAGGCAAGUCCCUGGAUAAGAUCAUGGAACUGAAGGAGAUUGCAGGAGAUCAGGAUCUCUUUGACGCACUCAAGAAACUGAAGAGGAAGAAGCGCAAGGAGGAGAAGAAAGCAGCAGCAGGAACUCCGGUUGUCAGGGAGACGCCACCAAAUGUGUUUGACUUCAUCAACAAGAAACUUAGAGGAAAGAAAGGUAAUUUGGGUGAGCUGGUAUCCCAUCAUGCAAGUGGCAGCAAGUCAGGGACAAGUCAACACAUCGCAGAGUCGGACCUUCGCCAGAAGUCGGACAAGCACCUCAACAUACAGGCUUUCCAAACAUACGAAGAGAUUAGUAAGGUAGAAAAGGAAUUGAAACGUCUCCGUGUCUCUCUCGCACGCAACAAAGACAGGGACAGAAGGGUUGCAGAACAAGUUCGGCAAAAGAUUUCCUCCGCAGAAGCCUACCUGGCAAAACUGAGGUCAUCAGAGGUCACCCUGGAGAGACACAAGCAGAAACGGAGUGACAGCAAGAAACUCAUGGUAUUUUGACGUCUGCUGCAACUUGUGGGACAAACUUCUGUGUCUCUGGCAAGAUCCAGGGCUGUCUGUGACAAGAAUGUGUUAUCACUUGGCUGGAAUGUUUAUCAUGUGAUAAGAAUAAGUUAUCACAUGACAAGAAUGUGUCAUAACGUGACAAGAAUGUGUUAUCACAGAUCCAGGGCUGUCUGUGACAAGAAUGUGUUAUCACAGAUCCAGGGCUGUCUGUGACAAGAAUGUGUUAUCACAGAUCCAGGGCUGUCUGUGACAAGAAUGUGUUAUCACUUGGCUAGAAUGUUAUCAUGUGAUAAGAAUAAGUUAUCACAUGACAAGAAUGUGUUUUAAUGUGACAAGAAUGAGUUAUCACAGAUCCAGGGCUGUUUGUGACAAGAAUGUGUUAUCAAAAGCUAAGGUGAAAGCUUUCUAAGCUAUGAUAACAUGUGUCAUUUCAUGAGAAGAAAACAUUAACACAACUAGUGACUGAGUGAUUGAAUUGGGUUUAAAGCCGCGUUUAACAUUAUUCCAGUUAUAUCGGUGCGUGUCAGCUUAAUGUGGAAGGAGAGCCUGAAGUGAUGCAGGUCUAAGACGUUUACCACUUUGUUGAAACCCACGAG